GCGUUUUUUUCCCCUGCUAGCGGUGUAAAGGGGCCACUUUAUCAAUGGUCCUAAUUCGGUUUUAAUGUUUAAAAACGUAUCUUUUCGUAUUCCCCGGACAGCAUAGCUACAUUUCGAAAGGUCCAGGAGGAGGCGCAGAAUCACGACGGGCUCGCCAGUGUGAGUUAGAUACUUGUCGGGGAGGGGGGUUUUUAACCAGAGAGAGAAGUUGAAUGGAUCCGAGGGUAGCUUGGAUUCAGCCCGAACAGAAAGGACCUGCGAACGCCUUAUGGAUGCACGUCUGGGAGACCUCUCAGGGAGUACGGACACUCUCCGCUCAGCAGCAGCAGCAGCUCCACAAUCAAAACCACAACCAGUGCGUGAAUAUCGCUGCGCUGACUGUUUUAAAAAAUGUGGCAUCGAGCAAGAGCAACGGCAGCAGCAGCCAUCACAGCAGCAGCAGCAGCAUCAUGAUGAUGAACGGCACUGCGAUGUCCAACGGGAACAACUCUUUCACCGCGGCUAACACUUCUCAACCAGGUGAGGGGAAAACCUUGCCCCAGAAGACGGGAUCUGCCUCUCCGUCGUCGUCGUCGUCGUCCUCCUCCUCGCUGGAUUCAGGGACGGACAGCUGCUCAGUAGUAGAGAGGACUAUGGGUGGAAAUGUUAAUAAAAACGUCGGGGGUGCCAAUCUGCUCUUUAACUUGAGCGACAUGGACAAUAAUGUCAACCUUUACCACCACCUCAACAACCACCAUCACCACCACCAUCAUCAUCACCACCGUCACCUACAGGAGCAGCAAUCGGCUCUCAAUGUACAGCAGAAUGGCGUAAAGCGUCACCAGGUUCACCCAUCCGCACCUGUAAAUCACACACACGGUCACCAUCCAGGCCGGAGGAAAAGUGACAACAAGGCGAGCACUUAUGGGAUGAAUUACCUGCUUUCUAACUGCACUAAUGGUAAUUAUGCGAGCACUUGGACGCCCUGGAAGACGAGGAAGUACAACCCCGGGGUCCUCGGACUCCACGAGGAGGUGAUGGACUUCUAUAACUUCAUGUCUCCACGACCAGAGGAGGCAGCUAUGAGGAAGGAAGUGGUGAACCGGAUAGAGAUGAUCAUCAAGGAGCUGUGGCCCACUGCAGAUGUCCAAAUAUUUGGCAGUUUCAGCACAGGGCUGUACCUCCCAACCAGUGACAUCGACCUCGUGGUGUUUGGGAAAUGGGGGCGCCCCCCGCUGCAAGAGCUGGAACAAGCUCUUCGCAAGCAUAACGUUGCAGAACCGUUCUCCAUUAAAGUGCUGGACAAGGCUACAGUGCCAAUCAUAAAGCUGACAGACCAGGAGACCGAGGUGAAGGUGGACAUCAGUUUCAAUGUGGAGACCGGAGUCAAGGCGGCGAGCUUCAUUAAAGACUACGUUAAGAAGUAUCCAGUGCUGCCUUACCUGAUCUUUGUACUGAAGCAGUUCCUGCUGCAGAGAGAUCUAAAUGAAGUCUUCACCGGGGGAAUCAGCUCUUAUAGCCUCAUCCUCAUGGUCAUCAGCUUCCUACAGCUCCAUCCUCGUAUCGAUGCUAGGAACCCCAAGGAGAACCUGGGCGUCUUGCUGAUAGAGUUCUUUGAGUUGUACGGCCGCCAUUUCAACUACUUGAAAACAGGGAUUCGCAUCAAAAAUGGUGGCGCGUACAUAGCCAAAGAGGAGAUAAUGAAGUCCAUGACAAACGGAUACAGGCCAUCCAUGCUCUGCAUAGAGGACCCGCUGCUUCCAGGUAAUGACGUUGGCAGGGGUUCCUACGGUGCCAUGCACGUCAAGCAGGUGUUUGACUAUGCCUACACUGUCCUGAGUCAUGCUGUGUCACCGCUUGCACGGUCGUAUCCCAACAAAGACUGUGAAAGCACCUUGGGCAGGAUAAUCAGGUUGACCCAGGAAGUGAUCGACUACAGGGACUGGAUCAUUAAUAAGUGGGGGGGCAGGGAUCUGGCACGGACGGAUAACAGAGUUUCACCUCCCAAGGAGCCGGUUUCGGAGCAGGAGCCCGGCUGCGUGCUCGGUGGCAGUGUCAGCUCAGAGGAGCAGCAGAGGGACUCGGUUUCGCCCCACAGCGCAGACUCCCCCAUGUCCAUCUCCAGCCCCCAGCAGCACUCAUCAGCCUCCUCCGUCUCCUCGCUCUCUGGAUCAGACAACGACUCUGAUUCUACGUUGCCGUGUCCCAUCCCUCAUCACGCCCUGCCUCCAUACGCGUCUUUCACGCCCCUGGGCCUGGCUCUACCGCCAGGCCUCAGCAUGGGCACGGGCAAGCCCGGCAUGGGAGGACACCAUCUGCUCAUGCCUCCAGGCUCACAGGCUCGCGUCUCACUGCCCGGUGGUCUAACCAUGCACUCCAUACCUGGCAGACAGGUGUGUAUAGACACCGGGCUCCCUCCCUUCUUCCACAUGCACCCCUCAGCCCAUGCUCAUGCCCCCGCCCCUUCCAGCCCCCAGCCUCAGCCCAGCCCCCACUCCAGCCACACACACAAGAACCAAGUCAAGUUCAACGUGAAGGGCUUCCACAACCCGCCUCUGGUCAACAACGCUGUUCUGACUAACCGCGGACACACACACGCUCACUCGCACACACAGUAUACCCGCAACACUUGGCGGCGCAGAAAGAGGGACAGCCUACCGGUUAGCCUCAGCAGAUAGAAACCACUCCCCCCCCCCCCCCCCCACUCCUCUCACCCCUCACUUUUUCCUCCCUCUCCUCUCUGGCUGCAAACCCUGGCUCUUCAUUCGUCUCGAAGGAGGAUGGACAGGCAGACAGAGGACCAGAGACCAGCAGUUUUCACUCUGGGGCUGCCACGACAUGGAACAACAGCCCUCAGCUCUGCAUCUUCCUCCUACUAUCUAAACCUUUCCAUUUCUGCAUGACUUUUGUUCACACUUUUGUAGAUUUUCAGUAUUAUGUUACUGUCAGUAUUUUGUUUUCCUCAUCUUUGUUUCAGGUCUAUUUCCGUUACUUUUUGGUUUAUUAUUCGUUGGACUUGGGGGUGAAGCCAUUGCCAAGUUGACUUGACCUCGCCUUGACCCUCGCAGCCAAGCUGCCUGAGGUUCAGUGUUACUAUUUUUUUCACAGUUUAUACACUUAAGAACAACUGGUUUUUCAUUUUUUGUGCAAUAAUGUUUUUUUUUUUUAACUAAAGUAAAUGCUUAUUUAAUUUUGUGUGUGUGUAUAUGUAAAAGCAUUUUUUAUACAAUUAUUUUAUUUUUGUAGAGUUUUUAAUUUUGUUUACGAAACCUUUCCCCAGACAACAUCUCUGGAGUGUGUGUGUGUGUGUGUGUGUGUGCGCGCAUGCGUGUGUUGAUAUUUCUGUCUGUGCGGGUGUGUGUGUGUGCACCUUUCUGUUAUCAGACUGAGAUGGACACCAGGUCAAAGGCCCCUCCUCUUCCUCUUUCCCCCCUUUUACUCAUGUUGUUCAGUGUGAUAAAGAGAACCAGGAACCGAAAGGGAUAAGGAGCUCUUAUCUUGCUAUCCCUUUCAUUUUCCUUCAUCUGACUUGUGAAAAUAGGCGAGGUUAACAUAAAGUUCCCUGUGGAAGUUUUGUUCCUCGGUCUAGUUAGUCCAAGGCAUCCUGGAGGGAAGUGGAGGGGUGAAAACUGCACCGUGCGAUAUCCUGAGAAAUGAGGGGGAGGAUGUAAGUUUUUGGCCUAAAAGAGGUAGCUCCUGGGCAUUGCCACCUCAAGAUUGUGUACCUCUGUAUGUAUGUACUGUAUGUGUGUCCCUCGUGGGACUGUGCUGUUGCCAUAUUUCGUCAGUUGGGGGACAGUUGGCAGUGGCCUGCUCGUCUUUCCUUGGCUGUCUUUCUCUCCACUGGAGGUUUUUUUUUUUUUUUUUAAGCUAAAGCUUCCAGACAGUGCAGGAUUGUGGCCCGAGAGAGCCUGUUCUGUUAAACAUAUAUGCCUAUGUGUUUUCAUUUUUGUGCUUGUCCCUUUUUAUUACAUGUUGUAUGAGGGUUGGGGCCAUAGAAGGCAACAGUUUAAACGACUUGAAUUUGAAGAUCAAGAUUAGGAUAAGAGGGCAGAAAGCCACUGAUUCCAGGUCAGUGAACUCCUCAGUUGCUCGCUCUCCCUACUCGAGGGACGCAGUUGUGGAAAUCUGACCCCAGAGCCGAGCUCAACUUUUGCAGCUGUAAAUCAGUGCAGACCAACACUACGAUGCUCAGCGAUAAGGUUUUUUCUUUCUCCUUUGUCGUCCUGGACAAAGGAGAAGGAGGGAUGGGGAGGGGUCUUCCUGAACCCUAGGACCCUAGUGAAAGGGAAUUAUAUUUUUGAUUCCAUUCAGGAAUCUUGUGUAUAUUUGAUUGCCAGGUACUUCCGCUAAUUGUUUGCAAUGCCUUUCAUUGUGUUUACUCGGAGUGUGUGUAGAUUGUUUUUCAGCGAGCACACCGUGUCACACUAAUACACACACACUCACAGACAGGACUGUCGAAGGCUGUGACUCGCCCCAGAACACUACACACGCUGGUGUUAUUACUAUGCAAGUGGAUUAUUCUAAUUAUCGUGUCAAACUCUUUGUCUUUUCCGUUCUGGGGGUUACUUCUCAUGUGAUGAACGCUGCUUGUUGGACUGGAGUAAAUCUUACUGACGGUCAGACUUGUAAGCCUGCUCACAUGAACUGUAACCCCAUCCCCCUCAAUCCCCACCCCCCACCAAUUGUAUUUGUAUGAAGGUCCUGAUAUGUUUCAAAAGUCUAGUUUUUUACAUCCAUCAGUCAAAUGUAAGGAAUGGGGGAUGUUAAUGUCAAUGGUUGGGUCUGAGUCUGUGUAGCGUGUGACAUAGUUAAACGUGUGGUGUGUGAGAACGUAUCGAGACUCAUGACUCGCCAUCACAGGUUUUUUAAUCAGACGCCCGACGGUUCAUGAGCAAGUGCACCGAGAGAGCGACUUGCACUCUACAGGUGCACUUCUACUACAGGGCCAACCUGUCCACCAACAAUUCUUUACCUUUUACCUGAGAUUCUGUUAAGUACGGUUACACUACAUGUCUUUUUUUUUUUCUUAUAAGAAAACUAUGGCAACUCUGAUCUGUCAGUCAGAACUGCACCUGGCAUGAGUUUGAUCUCUGAUGAAGGGCUUCUGUUUUGGCUGAUAGCUCACAUGCAGAUCUGAUUAUGAGCUAAUCAUCACCUCCAGCUAGAGAAAUUCCUUUUACAUAUAAUGAUUUGACAAAAAAAAAAAUCAUUAUGGAUGCCACAGACUGCCAGAAAUGGGAGGGGGUUUUUCAGAGUCGAGCCCAGACAUACUACCAGAUGCUUUCACCUUUUUUUUUUUUUUUUUUUUUUUUUUUUUUUCCGAUGGAUAA